AUAGCCUGGCGCCAUCUUCAAAAAUCAUCCCAACAGAAAGCAUGGAUGGGACGAUAGGCGAUGUUUACAAUAAAGAAGUACAUCGAUGGAGAACGGGAGCUGCAAUAACCUGGGCUGUCAUAACGGUCCCCAUAAUAUUGAGUGGCUAUGUAACAUUGGCUCAUCUUGAUGUGUCUCAUCCUUCUCAAUGGAUUUCAGGCAGCUUGUCCUUGCUCUUCUCAGUGUACUACCUCCUGAUGUGUGUGGUGGUGAUCUUUCUGACCGGGCUCUGGGGGAGCUUCUCCCUCCCAACAUUCAUAGUGGAGCCAGAGGUCUACUCCAACCCUUUACAGUUGACAGCCAGCAUGUGCUCCCCCCAGAAGCUGCUGUUUGGGGUGGUCUGUGUUCUCUUGAGUGGGGUGACUUCCCUGCUGUGUACAGGGAUCCUGGACGGUCGCUAUCAGGACCUCACCGUUUGCACCAACAGAGAUUUCUGUGUACUGAAUGAGCAUCACCUGUUCCUUGUUACCUAUGGCUGUUAUACAGGUGCUGUAUUUUACCUGUUUCAUUUCCUCAGACAGAACAACUACCUACAGUUUACUUCAUUACAGCAAUCUAAGUACUUCCAAGUGCGGAGUGGGAUUCUGAGAGUCCUUCAGACCUCCCUACACUGCGUGCUGUGGCAGACCGCCUACUUCUACCCCCUCUACUGGCUCUUUGGUCACAUUCCAACAGAGUGGAUAGUUCACAGUUUAGGACUAAGGAGGUCUACAUUACCUGUGGACUCAGUCUAUGGCCUGCUGGACCUGGCUUUGUUAUGGCAGUCCGUUCUCUGUGGCCUGUUGGUACACGUUUCCUGGAGUUUGACCACACUGCUGAUCAAGGUCUACAUUACAGAGCGAUUUUGUUUCCCCAUCGAGAGCAUGUUGGACGACAGAAAGAAUCAGUGUCUCAUAGAUGCUCUACAGUGUGACCAGAACCCUGUUGUGAAGUACCUGGGCUACCUGGACCUGUGUCUGUUGUCCAAACACUCACCUGAGAGAAGGAGGACAGUCUUCAGUCUCAGUCAGCCAGGAGGACAUCCCCACAACUGGAGCAAGCUGUCCACUUCCUGUCUGUCAGCCAUCACUGCUUUGAGUGGGCGGAUCCAGGACGCUAACUGGCAGGUGUUCUCUCAAGCCUCUGUACGACAGGCAACCGAUGACAUCAAAAAAUCAGCCACGUCCCAUCAGGGAUCAACACUAACAUACAGAGGUGACAGUGUAAAAAAAGACACCACAACUCCACAGCCAGCUAAAAAUGGGUCAUCUUUCUGGAAAACAAAACCUGUGAUAAGUUACUUCCUUACAGAGUUUCCUGAUGCCAAAAGUAGAAAACUAUUUGCCUCUGCUCAACUUGAUAUAUGGGCAGUGGAAGCUCUAUGCAAUCUUGUGGCAGCAUCAUUCAGGGAGGAUAACUACGGAGUAGUUCAGAAGACCUUGCCACAAAUCCUUACUUCAGUCAUAAAGCUACAAGAGAAUGUAGAGAAGCACCUGAAGCUGGUGUCCUCUGGGCGACGUAAUGGGGGGCGGGGAUCUCUGGACCUCCCCCUCAAGUAUGUGCUCCACAGCUCACUUAAGUCCUGUAUCUACAGAAUCAUCAACGUGUUCGGGGCUCAUUUGUUAAAUUUGGACUUACCCAGUGACACUUCUUACAAACUCAAGUUGUUCAUGGAUUUUAAGGAGUGACAAUAGACAAUAUUGAUUUUCAGAGGAAGUGAAACCAAACUGGGUAUACAAUGCUAGGACAUCACAUUAUAAAUGCCUCUAUUUAUAAGUUAUAACAUAUUGGUGAUGAAUUGAUGUACAUUGUACAAUAUACAUGUAAGUGUCUUCAUGUCUAUCAUACAAGAUGAAAUGUGGAAAUCUGUUACACAGCAUUCCUGAUCAGAGACAUGCCUAUGUCUGGGUCACCUUCUUGUGUACAUAUCUGUACAGAAUUCUGCAUAAUGAGAGAGAAAGGGGGAAGACAUUGAUACUAUCUGUAUUUACUGUGCAUAGAUGACUGAGAACAAAGUGCUAUUUUCCUUCUUUAUUUUAAUAGAGACAUGUGCUGUAAAAUAAAAGUUUUGAUUUAUAUGUUA